AUGAACAACAUUUAUCGCUGUUUGUUUUCGAAAACACCCGUACGCUUUUGGUCGACAAUCGAACGAUCGUUUGCGUCAUUGGGUGUUUUAUCUCCUAGAACAUUAUCAAUACGGAAUUUACGUUUCUCACCUACUCGAUUCAUACUAUCAAUGUCUCCCUCGAAAAUUUCAUCAGUUGAUGUGAUUGCACAGCGAUAUGAUAAUAUUAUUAAAUCGAAGGAGGAUAAGCGAGAAUAUCGAGGAUUGGAGCUAACAAAUGGUCUUCGGGUUCUUUUGAUUUCAGAUCCAAAGACAGAUAAAAGUGCUGCAUCAAUGGAUGUUAAUGUUGGACACUUGAUGGAUCCAUGGGAAUUACCCGGAUUAGCACAUUUUUGUGAACAUAUGCUUUUCUUGGGCACUGAUAAAUACCCAUCGGAGAAUGAGUAUAGUAAAUUUAUUUCAUCGCAUGGUGGAAUAACAAAUGCUUAUACAGCUACCGACCAUACGAAUUAUCAUUUCGAUAUUGCACCUGAACAUUUACAUGGUGCUCUAGACAGAUUCGUACAGUUUUUCCUAUGUCCACAGUUCACGGAAAGUGCAACUGAGCGAGAAGUACGAGCUGUUGAUUCGGAAUUUUCCAAUAGUCUUUUUAAUGAUCAAUGGCGCAUGUUGCAAGUUGAACGAUCAUUAUCAAAGCCUUCGCAUGAUUAUGGCAAAUUUGGUACCGGUAAUCGUACAACACUUAUGGUUGAAGCAUUAAAAAAUGGAAUUGAACCACGUAAAGCUCUAUUAGAAUUUCACAAGACAUAUUACUCAUCGGACAUAAUGUCAUUCGCCAUUUUGGGGAAGGAAUCACUGGAUCAGCUGGAGCAAAUGGUCACAUCGCUUAGCUUUGGGGAUAUCGAAAAAAAGAAUGUAACAAGAAAAAUCUGGAAUGAAGGGCCGUAUGGUGAGGAACAGUUAGGAGUUAAAGUUGAAUUAGUACCUGUGAAAGACCUCAGAUAUUUAACUCUGACAUUUCCAAUUCGCGAUUAUCGAGAUGACUACCGAUCUUGGCCAGCCCAUUAUGUCUCACAUCUAAUAGGUCAUGAAGGUCCGGGAUCACUAUUAUCUGAGUUGAAAAGGCGUGGUUGGGUUAAUUCAUUGUCAGCUGGUGAUCGACUUUUAGCUAGGGGUUUUGGUAACUUCAGCAUAUCAGUUGAUCUAAGCGAAGAAGGUUUGCUGCAUACUGAUGAUAUCGUUAAGCUGGUGUUCAAUGAAGUGGGCUUAGUAAAGCAAACUGGUCCACUGAAAUGGAUCUUUGAUGAGCUGAAGCAGUUGCAAGAAAUUAAAUUUCGUUUUAAAGACAAAGAAAGUCCACUAAAUUAUGUCACGCAGAUUUCUUCGGAAUUACAACGGAUACCAUUCGAAGAUGUAAUCUGUGCAGAUUAUAAAAUGGAUUUGUACAAACCAGAUUUGAUAAAAGAAUUUGUCGAAGAGAUUAAACCCGAAAAUAUGUUUUACGCUGUAAUUUCACAAGAAUAUGCUGGCAAAGAGCACAAUAUAAAAGAAAAAUGGUACGGAACAGAAUAUAACAAUACAAAAAUUGACAAGAAAGUUUUAUCGAAAUUCAAUGAAGCACUAACUCAGAUACCAGAUUUCUUCAGUUUACCAGCCAAAAAUGAGUACAUUGCAACCAAAUUUGACUUAAAACCACGAGAAAAAACCAAAAAAAUACCGUAUCUUGUCGUGAAUAACGAUUGGUGCCGAUUAUGGUUUAUGCAGGAUAAUGAUUUUAAGCUACCGAAAUUAAGCACCCGGAUAGCUUUCAAAUCGCCGAUGAUGCAUUCAGAUCCGCUAAAUUCCUAUCUUUCUGCAAUGUUCGUCAUCUGCUUACAGGAUGCUAUCAGUGAGGAAACUUACAAUGCACAUCUUGCUGGUCUAAAAUCGUCAUUCGAUUUGCAAUCUUAUGGUAUUACUUUACAUGUAUCAGGUUACGAUGAAAAGCAGCCAAAAUAUAUCAAUGAUUUGAUUCAGCGAUUUAUCACUUUUGUGCCAGAUGAGGAACGUUACAAGGUAUUGAAAGAAACAUUUUGCCGAAAUCUGCGAAAUUUUCGUCAAAGUCAACCGUACAUGCAGGCUCACUACUACAGUACAUUAUUGCUUGGUAGCCGUCAGUGGAGUAAGGAGGAAGUAUUAGCUUGCGCUGAGAAUUGUGAGGUUGAUAAAUUACGGAAAUUUGCGCAUGAAUCUCUACAAGCUUUACAAAUUGAAGCACUUGUUUACGGCAAUAGCACUGAAAAAGAGUCUGCCAAAAUUCUGGAUGACGUUAUAUCGAAGUUCAAAGCACUUCCAGAUGCUCGACAUCUUUUCGAUAGUGAAUUAGAUCAAUGUAGAGAGCAUGAAAUUCCAAAAGGAUGCCAGUACGUUUACAAAGCAUUUCAACCAACACAUCCAAAUGCAUCAGUCAAUUAUCUUAUGCAAACGGGUCAACAAGAUACUCGAGAAAAUGUCUUGUUAGAAUUAGUCGUGCAACUGGCUGCUGAACCUGCUUUCAAUCAGCUAAGGACAACGGAACAGUUGGGUUAUAUUGUUCACACAGGAGCGAGGCGAAGUAAUGGUGUUCAAGGAAUUGAAUUACUGAUUCAGGGUCAACAUAUUCCCGAAUUUAUAGUAGAAAGAAUCGAAAAUUUCCUCGUAAAAUUCAGGUCCGAUCUCGAAAAAAUGUCUGAUGAUGAAUUUCUUGACAACGUUGAAGCACUUGCAACCAAACGUCUCGAAAAGCCAAAGACAAUGAAAGCUCAGGCAGGCCGUUACUGGGCUGAAGUUGAUAGCGGAUUUUAUUUAUUCGAAAGAAAUGAUAUUGAAGUACCAAUACUGCGAAAACUAACCAAAGCAGAUGUUAUUGAAUAUUUUGACAAGCACUUUGCGGUGAAUUCUUCGGAAAGACGAAAACUUUGUGCAAUGGUUUACGCUAAUAGCGAAACGGAAGAUACAGUUUCAAAGCGUGAACAUAACGCUUCCGGUGAUGCUGAACAGUUGCCUGAACGGAUAACGAAUAUAAGAAUAUUCAAGUCUCGAUUAUCGCUUUAUCCGUUACCACAACCAGCAGUAGAUAUUAAUCAACAUAUUUCAAGAGAGCAGAAUGAAGUAAAUAAGCAGUGA